AUGAAUCGCAGAGUUCAAUUAUCGCACAAACAACGUGCAAAUCGCACGGAGCAAUUCCAUAAGUUCUUGAAGCCCGGUGCCCUGGCGAAGAUGCGGGACUCGCGAAUCAGCGCCAGAUCGUACCGAUACAACUCGCUAUCUCAGAUCCAUCUCCGCCGUACUGCUUCUCUGGAGUCUUCUCCACUUUCCGCUAUCGGUCAAUCGGAGAUUGACGUGGAUGAUUUCCCUUCUUUGUCUGGAAGGGUUUACGGUCCCUUAUGCCUCAAGAGGAAGAAGUUGGCGGGAAUUAAGACUACGUGGUUCCCGAGCCCUAAUUUGCAGACUCCAACAACCGAUUUAACUGGAGACCAUAUUGUUGAUGCGUUUAAUAGCGAUGUUGCUGCGCAUUGA